AGUUCUUCAACGAAAACUGAUGUCUGAUUCUUCCAAAAUUUCCUUCAAUUUCGACAUCAGACAUGACAAAGAUUGAAGAUCUUGCCUUCAAUCCGUUCAUAUCUUCCGAGUAAUUGAACUUGCAGUGUGGUGAUCACAGGUAAAUUUCAAACCGAUAGUUUUUGUUUAUAAGUUAGACAAAUUGAUUAAUUAAGUUAAUGAAUUGAUUGAUGAUUGAAUCGAUUUAAGAAACAAUGAGCAAUGUAAGAGAUGAUUGCAGAACUGAAUGAAAUUCUCGAAAAUGAGGUUGUCGAUGAAAAUGGGUUGUGGAAGAAGAAGAUCACUGAGCAAUCCCUGAAGGUGUUUGAUCGUCUACCUGAAGCAAUUCAGGAACAGCUGAUUGCAACAUUAGACCAAAACAGAAAUGUCCAGGUAAUUGAUCAUGGCCAACUUUGUUUAUUAGUUAGACAAAUUGAUUAAGUAUGUUCAUGAACUGAUUGAUGAUUGAAUCGUUUUAAAAUUU